UCUCCCUUCCCUUUUUCUAUCCUGCCGUAACCCUUCAAUCACUUUUUUAUCUCAAGCGACAAUGGCACCCCGUCUCCCCCAAUCUAUCCCUAGCCUCCGAGCACUUUCCCGCGCCUCUCCUCUCUCAACCCGCAUCACACUCGCCCGACUGAGCACCAGCAGCAGCGACAAUGUGAUUCAGACCCAACACGUCCCGGCUCCAGGCUCAGGGACCAUUCGCGUCCUCCUCCUCAACCGACCUAAUGCUCGGAACGCCAUCUCACGCAGCCUUCUCGAUGGCCUCUCCCAGAACGUCAAGUCCAUCGCCGCCGAGAACGGUGCAGGUCCGACCCGGGCCCUGGUGCUGGGCAGCAACGUCGAUGCGGCGUUUUGCGCCGGCGCGGAUCUCAAGGAACGCGCCAACAUGACGAAAGACGAAACAAACCACUUCCUCACGCACCUCCGCCAAACCUUCACCGCGCUGUCGGCGCUGCCCAUCCCCACCAUCUCGGCCGUCUCCUCGACCGCCCUCGGCGGCGGGCUUGAACUCGCGCUGUGCACGCACUUCCGAGUCUUCGGGUCGUCGUGCAUGGUCGGCCUGCCCGAGACCCGGCUGGCCAUCAUCCCCGGCGCGGGCGGCACCUACCGGCUCCCGCGGUUGAUCGGAGUGAACCGGGCGCGCGACAUGAUCCUCACGGGCCGGAGGGUGUCCGGACCCGAGGCGUAUUUCCUGGGCCUGUGUGACCGGCUCGUGGAGAUCCUGCCCGAGGAAGAAGGCCAGGAGGGCGUGGCCCGCGAGAAGGUCCUCCGCGAGGCGAUCAAUUUGGCGCUGGACAUUUGCGAGGGCGGGCCCAUCGCCCUCCGCCAGGCCAUGAAGGCCGUGGAUGGCUGGGAGCAGGGCGAGGCCGCGGAGAAUGAGGCGUAUGCGGGCGUGAUGGGGACGGAGGAUCGCAUGGAGGCGCUGCGGGCGUUUGCGGAGAGACGGAAGCCGGUUUUCAAGGGUCGUUAGAUACUUUAUUAUAUGGAUGUGUGGAUGGUGUGGUUUUGUCUACUUAGGUAGUAGUGUAAUGGAUGUGAAUUCGGG